AUGGAGGAGUUCAAAGUUCAGACCGCCAAACACCCCGUACCCAACAGUUCACCCACGCGGCCCCACAGCGAGCACCCGAAAGAUCACGCGGCCAAACGCCUAUCCUCCGCCUCCAACGGCACGAGUGACGGAGGAGCGGGAGCCAAAACACCUGUGGAGAUCACCGCGCUGGAGGAGUCCUUCCGCCGCUUCGCCAUCCACGGAGACACGCGAGCCACCGGCAAAGACAUGAACGGCAAGAACUGGUCCAAACUAUGUAAAGACUGUGGCAUCAUCGAUGGCAAGGGCAUCACCCUCACAGACGUGGACAUAGUCUUCUCCAAAGUCAAGAACAAAUCUGCGCGCACUAUUACAUACAGCCAGUUCAAAGAAGCGCUCGAAGAGCUCGCCAGGAAACGCUUCAAAGAUAAGAGCAGCGAGGACGCCGCGGAAGAGGUUUACAGAAUGAUAGAAGGGAAAUCACCCGUUAUAGCUGGAGUCACGAGAACCAUUGCUUCCCCGACCGUGUCCCGUUUGACCGACACCACCAAGUUCACCGGAUCGCACAAGGAGCGUUUUGACGAGACGGGCCGCGGGAAGGGCAAGGCAAGGCGAGUGGAAUUGGUGGACACGUCCGGAUACGUGUCUGGAUACAAGCACGCAGGAUCAUACGAGAAGAAAAUUCAAAAACCUCCCCAAAAACCCAUGUGAGAUUCUCCGUCCAGCAGUGAACCCGACUCUAUAAAGCACAAACAGAUCUCCCAUUUUCCACUGAGGGUACGUCUUUUUCUGUGAAUAACAUUGAGUUUGUUCCUCUUCCUAUAAGUGUUUUAUUUCUAACUGGAACGCUGUUUACAUCAAACGCCGACGUCACCAGCUGGUACGUUCCUAACAAACACGAUGAUGCCAAGAGAAAGACAAAUGGCUACAGUAUUGCACGCUUACUAGUGAAGGUUUUUGCUGUUAAUCUGUGGUGAAUAUUGACAUGAAAUGAAUAUUUGGCAUUUUGUGGCUUCUCUAAUGAUGCAGUAGAAUCAGGCCUAAAAUAGACUUUAAAUGCUUGAGUAAUGCAGUGCAUGUCCACAAUUUGCGUUACAACAACACACAAAACAUUUCCAUUAAUUUUUUUAAAUGCAUUUGGCAGAUGCUUUUAU